AUGAACUCUUCCUGGGAGAAAUGCGCGACUGAAUUUGAUCCUGAUCCAGACAUCGCCGGAAUUGGUGUCGUCACCGCUUUCAUUACAGCCUCAUGUUUGGCAAUCCUCAGUAUAAGCCUGUAUCUUGCCAUUGCGAGAUCUGGGUUGAAUAUCAUUGAGGCUCCAAGUAUGGGGCCACCACCUCGUUUUGGCUUUGUAGAAUCUGUCAAUCCAAUUGAUGAGUGGGUACGAAGAAAUAUUUCGGAUCCCUCAGUCAAGUUUCUUGUCAGAUCGAGGUGGAUCAAAGCGCAUAUUAACCACCUGAAGCGCAGUCUCUACUCAUUUGUGAUAGGCCUCGCUGAUACACAGCUUGUCACCGGCAUGGCCAUCUUGUGUACAACGAUUGUCCAGCUACACAAAGAAGAGAUAUCGGUCUAUCAUUUCCAGACAGCGACUAACCUUGCAUGGCUCACAAGUGGUGUACACAUACUAACACUCUAUGCGAUUCGCGUGGAAACAAACGGAGGAUUGAGCAACAAGCCUGUUCAUUACCAUUCGGACAACCGGCAUUAUCUCUGGAAAGCUGCGAUAACUUCGUCUUUGGGCGCAGAUAUGAUAUGUCGAAUUUACGCCAUGCUUAUUCUUGCCGCCUUACUGUUAUACUGCACUUUCAUUACCGGGGCUGGAGGAUGGGACAAUUACGAUGAACGGAAAGCGAAUUGUGCAAUCGGAAUGAAAAAGUCAGGAAGUCCUCUCUCAUGGCUGAUCGCGAGCUAUGUCCUCCUCAUUCAAGGGUAUACAAUCCAGUGUCUGUCAUUAUGGCCCGCAGUCUCGAUAUGGUGGAUGAACUGGAUGAAGAAUAUCGGUUCCGAUGACAGAGCCUUGGGAGCACCAAAGAAUGAACAGAAACGUCGCUGGUUGCGGUUGAUAUUUAUGCCAUUGUAUUAUGCAUUGAACUCGGAAGCACUGGGCGUUCUUCUUUUUGAUGGGGUGCUGUGGUUUGGCCUUGGAGUUUGGUGGAUUCAGGCGGAGAGAAUAUAUGUACUUGGCGCAUGGGAAGGUAUGGAGUCUGAGAGCGACAUUGAGGGCGUUAGUCAGCUGCUGUGCCUCUUGAUACUGGUGGUCCCAUUUUUGCAAGCAUUGCGCACGUAUCACGAGUAUUCUAGAACACUUCCUCGAGAGCUUGACCUGUUCCGUGGUCAAGGUGCUUACGAUAGCGGACAGACAUCGCAGGAAGUAUUGGGUCGUGGUCAUGACAUGGACAGCGAUGACACAGGAGCUCCGAUUCGCUUGGGAUCUGUCACUCUGACAGCUUAUCCAGUAUAG